AUGGUCGCAUUGGAAUUUUUCCGGAGAAUGCAAAUGGUGGGUAUGGAGCUUGAUGAGAUCAGUCUUGUUUCUGUUUUGCCAGCUUGUGCCCAGGUGGGAGCUCUUGAGUUAGGGAAAUGGAUACGUAUUUAUGCAGAUAAAGCCGGGUUUUUGCGCGACAUUUGUGUUUGUAAUGCUUUGAUCGAAGUGUAUGCAAAACGUGGAAGGCUAGCAAAUCAUGGAAGAGCUCGUGAAGCUAUUGAAUUGUUUCAAGAAAUGCAGAAGGCAAAGGUGGAACCCAACAUCAUCACCUUUGUUGGUCUUUUAUCAGCUUGUGCCCAUGCUGGCCUUUUGAAUGAGGGAUUGGGGUACUUUGAGUCAAUGGAAAGAGAUGACAAUAUAGAACCAGGGGUUGAGCAUUAUGGUUGUUUGGUCAAUCUUCUUGGUCUUUCUGGGCGCCUUGAUCAGGCUUUUGAACUCAUAAAGAAGAUGCCAAUGAAGCCGAAUUCGGCUAUUUGGGGUUUGUUAUUGAGUUCCUGCAGAAGUCACGGCAAUCUCAAGAUUGCAGCCAUUGCAAUGGAGCAUCUGCUACUGCUGGAGCUUGAACCAGACGAUACGGGGAACCAUGUCUUGCUUUCAAAUCUUUAUGCAGACUUGGGAAAGGGGGAUGGUGUAUCGAGGAUGAGGAAACUCAUGAGUAGUAAGUACAUGAACAAGACACCAGGGUGUAGUUCAAUUGAGGUGGACAAUAUGGUUCAAGAAUAUGCAUCAGGUGAUGAUUCAAAACCAUUUUCCAAAGCAUAUAUAGGGUACUAA